AUUGUAUCUCUAUUUAGUUUGUGGUCAGUCAAUCGCCCGCAAUCACAAUAGUCAUUACGCACAAAACUAAAAUUCUCAGUGUAAUGAUCGUAUCAAAGUUAUGAAAAUGUUGUGGUAUCUGCCAUGGUCUGAGAGCAUCAAAAAACGGGCUUGCAGAUAUCUUCUACAGCGCUAUCUGGGUAAUUUCCUGGAGCAAAAACUGACUUUAGAUCAGCUGAGUGUAGAUUUAUACAAUGGAACUGGCACGGUAUGCGAAGUUAGCCUUGACUGCGAGGCUCUUAAUGAGUUGGGAGAUGCUCAAAACUGGCCCUUAGAAAUAGUUGAUGGUCAUAUGAGUGAAAUCACUGUGACCAUACCAUGGAGCACCCUGCUGAAAGACGACUCUAUUGUGGAGGUUCGAGGACUCUCAUUAACAGUUCAGCCCAAAGUCAGGGCAGAACCAGCUUCCUCGAUGCUGGAGUCAAUGUGGUCUUCCAUGUCUUCAUCGAUGCAGCUGGCAGCUGACUGUCUCCGGGAAGAGGAUGGCCCACAGGAUACCAACCCGGUUGAAGGAAUAGAGAUGUUUGCCCAUGCUAUUGAUUCAAUUCUCAGUAGAGUUAAAGUAAAAUUUGUCGACACAAGGAUAAGAAUAGAGCACGUGCCUAAAAAUGGAGACAAAGGCAUUGCUUUAGACAUACACAUAGAAACUAUUGACUACUUCGACGAAGCCUGCGUGGAGCCCUCACCUGACGAGACAAACCCUGACAAAUCCAAAUCCUACAUCGAUACAUCAUACACUACCAAAAAAAUCAAAUUCGAAGGUGUAACCCUUUACACUGACGAGUUCCCUUCGAAGUUUCGCACUAUGGCUCGGAGUCUCAUCAUGGAAAGGUCCAUGUCGUCUCAAGCAGACAAAUCCGAAGGGUCCCAAAUAGAUCCCCUAGAAAUCAAUUACCAAAGCACUAUCUCGGACGUUUUUUACGAAACCAGAAGUGUUAUAUCGACUAUAGAUUCAGAUGCUAUUAAAGAGGUGAUAGCUGAAACGAAGGUUCAUACUGAAAUAAGGGAGGCUACUCCCGAGGAGAAAGCGAAUCAACCUGAUCCGAUAUUGUUUGCCAAGUUGACGGGCAUGCAAGAGUUGGCUCUGAAGCUGAAGAAGACUGAGGAUUUAGAGGGGCCGAAGGUGGAAGUGCGCAUGUUGUUGGGGUCCCUGAUUGUGUUCAUCACGCCGAGGCAGUUGCAUACACUAGUCGAGUUGGUAGACGCUGUCAAUCAACCAGAUUUAGAAGAUAGAAGCAAUAUACCACUUCGGUCCAGCACAAUGAACGCGCAAUGCAAGCCCAUGAAACGCGCGGAUUUCCAACUAAUCGAAGCUCAAUUACUGGGCACCUUAGAGAAACAAAGCCUGAGGCCAAGUGGCGGCAUGUCGGGCUGGUCAGGGCCUAACCUUGAGGAGAGCGACACAGAAAGCGUGCGCUUUCUCCCGAUGACGUCGCGGGGCGAAAUGGCGGAGAGCUAUUCAUCCUCGGUUAGCUCAAUGAGCACCAGUAUGAAUUCCAGCACUAGCAUAUCUCAGCCUAGGAUCAAAAGGAACAGGAAAGCCGCAAACGUAGAUGGCGACCCAACAGGGGAUGUGUUUCACAUUAGCCUGAAGGUGUCUUCAGUAGCCUGCGUUCUUCUACAUAAGGAUAUUCUAACCACUACGCCGAUGGGUGCAGACUGCAUAUUGGCGUCUUCGGCUAACAAACUGCACAAGAUCUCGCGGCAAUUCUUCGACAGUCUACCUGCUAUCGAGGAGGACGAAGCGAAAAACUUUGCCACAGUCAACAUGAUAUUCGAUGAUGCUGUCAAGUGGAAUCAUUUGAGAUUGAUGACAUCAGAAGUGACUCUAGACGGCAGUGACAAGACGACUGAGCAUGGCAAUCAGACAAUAUGCGAGGCGACAGUACGAAGAUUACUGAUACGGGAGUAUUUGUAUAACCCGCCGAGCGAUGGCCAGCCACAGGUGUACGAUCUAGUACGAUUUAAUAAUUGGGAUGAGGUUGAGGAGAAGAAAUCAGAAAAGUCACCCGCAGUUAUUCCAAACGUAAAAGUUACCUUCAAACAAACUUCCAAGUACAGACGCAUAGCCGGCGAGAAAAGGCUGGAUUUUCCCACUACUGAAAUUGCAGUAAAGUGCACGCCGUGUCUACUGGACAUAGACCUGACGUUGGUGGAACGAGUGUCAUGCUCGUUGUUCGGGGUAUCUUCAGCGCCCCCCACCACUGCCGCCGCCCCCCCACCACAGACACACUUCAGCUUCUGUGUGCAGUGCCCAGAGCUUGAUGCUAUACUCAGGUUCCCAAUAGCAGAUCUACGUAUGGGUGUGAACCGAGAGCUGCGUCGCGUGCGCCCCGACUACCUGAAGCUCAGGUUUCAGAACCUCAACAUAAGUCACCAGCAAACGCCUACUGUGCGACCGUUACCUUCGACAUUCACGCUCAAAGCUACCACCAUUGAUUUGUACUAUUAUGAAAAUGACAGUUUGCCGCCCACCCACAUAGCUCGAACAGUAAUGGUUGAUCCGUCUGAGAGCAACGUUUUAAGCGGAAACACGUGUACGCCAAUACCUACUAUCUCCCUCACAUUCCGGCCGGCCAAAGCGAGCAAGUCCGUCUUCGAUGACGAACCGAACCUCGAACCCGCGACCGCCAACCCCAUGACGACCUCCAUGUACGUGAUGAAGAAUCUUCACAAGACUCAGCCGAGUCCGUUCAGCGGGAAGAAGGUUGCGCAUCAAAGCAUUAUCAAGCACGAGAGUGAUGAUAAUAAAAAAGAUCGAGAAGAGGAACUAAUUGUCCCUGGUUCGGAGGAAGAAAUGAAUGAAUUCACCAACAGUGCCAUGGAAAACUCAGCUAUACACCUAGAAUUAAAUCUGCCAGUUCUGAGUCUGCAACUCGAGUCAAAACAAAUCUACGAGAUCCUAUACAACCGCAUCAACUCCGACCUGUUGCUAUGGGAACCGCACUUGUUGGACCCGUACGAGAUCAGCCCGCUCAUGUGCGCCUCCAUUUACCCCUCUUUUGGGGAGUGUCGAAACAGCGGCUACGAUUCGGAUGAGAGCUCGAUAUCCGAAGAAGAUAACUUGUACUACUCUACGUACGACCGGCGACGCGGCGCCCCGAAGAUAGUACACGAGAAGACUGACACUCAUAACUUCUGCUUCACACUCAAAGUCGCCAAAGGACUGCUGUCCAUUUACGCUCCUGUUAGGGAUAGUAACAAGCGCGUAGUUCCCGGACAGAUGGGCGAGAUGGCGUUAGAAGCGCACAAACUGAGCUUGUGUCAAGUGAGCGGGCUGCAGGGAAUGCCCAAGACCGCCCAAAUGAGCCUUAGAGCGGGCUCAGUUACUUUGUAUCACGAACCUAUUCUUACAAUACCUUCUGUGAAACCAAAUCUGAGAAUGUAUGGGACGCCGCUCCCAUCGCAUUUGAAGCCAACCAUCUAUCCGUCAGGAAGGGGCGUCCUCUUGAAGGAAAAGAUUAAGAAAAAAGACAUGUUCUCUAUGGCGCUUAAGGUUGACUAUAAUCCUGAACAGCAUUUGAAGUCAAUCUGCAUAGCUCUCGGCAUUGAGCAGGCGACGUUGCGCCACCGCGGCGAGAAGGGCAUCGCGUGGCUGUCGCAGAUGAUGGACGUGAUCGACGUGCUGGACUACCCCGUGCCCGGCUACUGCCCCUCCAGCGUGGUGUCCGAGCUCCACGUGCACGUGUGGGACUGCGCGAUAGAUUACAGACCUCUGUACCUACCAAUCCGUACUCUUCUCACCAUCGGCAACUUUACGAUGUCCAACAACGUGGUCGCCGAGACCAACACGUCCUGCCUCAAGUUCCGGGCGCAAGAGUGCACUUUGUACUUACGGCACGUCCCCGGCACCAAACCCAACAUGGCGGUGCCGCUAGAUGACGACAAACUGCCGGACCUGAAUAAACAUUACGUGUGUGUGGUCGAUGUCGGCUUGUUCGAACUGUCGCUACGGAUGGACGAUAAGAGUAAUCCUUCAACCGAGCCCCAACCCCAAGUGGACUUGAGCGCUUCCAACAACAUGGUGACCCUGUACACUUGCUGGGACUCGGCCGCGGCCCUGUGCCGGCUGCUGACGUACAGCGCGGCGGACGGCGACUCGCAGCCGCCCUACGAGCGCGGCUCGCGGCACACCAGCAUCUGUUCCGAGAGGAACGAGCCGCUCGUUGGGCUAGAUGACCGACCCAUAGAAGAAAUAAGAGAGCUUUCGCCUAACGAAAUACAACAAGUCAACGACCUCAUGGCAGAAGCUAUGAAAGAAAGUCCUAAUACAACACUCGAAGACGAAGAACUGAACAGUUCAAGCGAAAAGGAGGGUGUAGAAGUGUUCUUCUUCCCCGACGAGUCUAACAUGAAGCGCAAACAGAUCCCAGACCUUCUAGACGACGAGGGCAUAGACAAUUGUAUGGAGUACGAGGAGUUCAGUGCUGCCGCGGAACCGGAAACUCCGACCAUAGCUGUGGUUGCUAAAGAGUUGGGAGACCCGACGUCUACGCCUAAACCUACUCCAAGGAAACCUAGAAGGAAGAAGCAAUCGAGUUCGAGCGACAGUUGCCACAUCGACGACGACUACUGUAUCGUGGACGGCGAGCUGCCGGGGCAGGACAACGACCUCGAGGAGCCCACUGUACGCUGGCUGGGGCAAGGGCCCGCCUACAUGUACGAGAACCACUUCACCAUACCGGGCCAGAGGACCGAUGUUCUCAAAGCUCCGAAGAGUUUCCCGAUGCCUGUCUAUAGGUACUGCUUAUGCGAGAUGAGCAUAACAUGGAACAUGUACGGCGGCAGCGACUUCCGGGCGGCCGGCGAGCUCGUGAAGAAGACCGUCACCAUCGACCCUGACCGGGGCCAGGCCUCGCCCGCGGCCGGCAGACGCAGCAAAGACACCGGUCCAUUCGAAAGCGUUAGCUAUUCGGCGGGAAGCGAACGCGUUCGAACUCAACAGCGAACAAGGAAAACCAACACGAAAUCACGCGGCGGGCCACACAGGGAUCAUUAUACCUGCGUCAAACUAUGCCUCACUAAGGUGAAGUUCCAACACGAAAUCUACCCGCCCGGUGGCAUACACGCGUCUCGACAAGCCCUGGCCAUUAGCAAAAUAGAAGUACUGGACCGGUUGAAAUGCAGCGACAUCAACAAACUAUUGAGCCAGUACAAGCUGAAAGACGAACCGGAGAGAACUAACGCACAUAUGCUCAUAGUGAAAGCCGUCCAUCUUCGACCCGAGCCAGCUUUAUCUGCUCAAGAAUGCUGUUUGAAGGUGUCUCUGCUGCCGCUGUGGUUCAACCUGGACCAGGACACGCUGGCCUUCCUCGUCGGAUACAUGUCCAAGCUCAGCAGUGAUGACACUGGCGAUGAAGACACAAAAAGCCUAGGCGGCGUAUCGACCGAGUCAAGUUCCCGGCAGACGACGCCCACGCACCGGCCGCCCGUCAUGAGCAUCGCCAGCCACUUGAGGGACCCGCCGCCUACCCCCACUUCCCUGGGAGAUGGGGACUGCCUAUCACUAAACGAUACUGUGAUCCGUAACGAGGAACCCCUGAUGGAAACCUACGAGGCCGAAAGACUGGUAUCAGAAAACCUCAUACAACUGGAGGAAGACUUCCAGAGACUGGGCAUGGGUCAGGAGAAACCGGUUGCAAAGAUGCCGGUGGAAGAACCAGUUGACGACUCUCCUAUUUACUUCAGACGCAUCAUAUUCUCUCCGGAGGUGCCUAUCAGACUGGACUACGUGGGAAAACGAGUGGACUUGUCAGCUGGACCAGUCGCCGGGCUACUAAUGGGCUUGGGACAGCUCAACUGCUCAGAACUGACGCUCAAGAGACUGGACUAUAGACUAGGUUUGCUUGGGCUCGAGAAAUUAGUACAAUGGGCCCUUCAAGAAUGGCUGACGGACAUCAAGGCUCAUCAACUACCUGGUCUGCUUAGCGGCAUCGGUCCAAUGCAUUCUUUAUUGCAGCUGUUGACGGGCAUCCGCGACCUGGUGUGGCUGCCGGUGGAGCAGUGGCGCCGCGACGGCCGCCUGGUGCACGGGCUGCGCCGCGGCGCCGCCUCCUUCACCGCGCGCACCGCCGUCGCCGCGCUCGACAUCACCGCGCGGCUGCUGCAGCUCAUACAGGCGACAGCAGAAACUGCGUUCGACAUGUUGACCCCUAGUCCCACACUACAAAUCCAAGCCGCCGCUUACAACAGUCGCGAGCAUCGCCGCAGAAGGAGGAGAUCCCCCGCGCGACAUCCGUCAGACAUCCGCGAGGGAGUCGCCAGUGCUUACCGCACCGUCAGAGAGGGUUUCGCUGAAACAGCGGCUACGAUGGCGCUGGCGGCGCGCUGCGACAGCGGGGUGGGCGUGCUGCGCCACCUGCCGGGCAUGGCGGUGGCGCCGCUGGCGCUGGCGGCGGCGGGCGCGGCCGACGUGCUGGGCGGCGUGCGCGCGCACCUCGCGCCGCGCCGCCGCCAGGAGCACGCCGACAAGUGGCGGCUGGCCGACACUCACGAAGAUUCUAGAAUGGAUUAAAAUAUUCGCGGCUCCGUUAUAUAAGUGACCAAUUCAAUAGUAGGCUGUGCUCUUAGACACUCGUUUUCAUAAACAAAUGUGCUUAGGACUAAAUCGUGAUGAUUUUACUUACCAUACAAAAUUAAGGACCAUUUCAUACCACAGUUUAUAAUUUUUUAACAAUAACAAUGACGUGUUAAAAUAAGCCACAGAAAAGAACCAUACAGUGAUGACACAUGAAAACCCAUUAUUUUUCUGAUUGAACCUACUUGGCAGUUUACGGCUGCAUACCUGACAUCUACCAUGAUAAAAUUCGCUUCCCAUCGUGUUUCCUCUUUUAUUAAAUAUCCAUGAUGUAACCCGGUCUGCGCACUACAGAAAUAAAUGCGUCACAUAAUGUUAUGUUAAAAUAGAAAAUAAUGUUGCAGGAAUAAUAGUAAUAUAAUAUAUUAGUAUAUUAUUAUAGUCGUGACAUAGAAAAUAGUCUCAAUAUUGUAACGCCGUUGUGACUAUUUACUAAGUCACGACACUAUGAUAUAGUAGAUACUAUUGCUGCAACACUAACGAUAUAAUUAUAUAGUGAUCUCCGUCGCUCAUGUCUACUGCGGUGUUGGUUAGAUUAGUUCUAAGUUUUGUUUUGCUCAAGAUUCCAGUUAAAACUUUUUUUCUGGAAACUGCCGCGAUUUAUACAGGCAGGGCCUUAUGUCACAAACACUAAACUCUUUUUUAUAAUUCGAGUCAUUACCAAUUAAGUUGAUGAAUUACUCUGAAUGUAUUCAAUGUCAAAGAUUCCCAGCACAUCAAAAGCAGGUCAGCCGCUUUUUAGUCAGCACCCAGUUGUAAUUCAAUCAACUUUUUAAGUCUUUACACUGCGCCACUUUAUAUUACAAUUUGGUGCGGGCGCGCUUUCAAACUGUGCUGCUUCUGGUGUGCUCGGGUUUUAACUGUUUUUCUAUUACGUCUUAUUGCUAAGUCGUAUUUUAUGUUACGAAUAGGAGUCUGUAUCCUGGCUAGUUGUUCAAGACUACUAGAUAGCAAGACAAAUGGCAUACAUAAUGUGCAUAUUUGUG